AUGGCAUCCUGGGGCUAUAAAAAGUUUCCUAGCAAAGAGGAUUGUUCUUCAUCUGGUGAUAAGUCUGAAAAUCUGGAGGAAAAUCCAUUUUAUGCCUUAAAUGCAGAAGAUAAUAAUGGUUUCUGUGAUGAAAUCUUGACUGAGGAGGACAAGCAACUACAUGAAAUCAUACUUAAAAUGGUAGUCUUGAAUGAAGAUGGAUCCAAAACGGCAAAACCCUUAGGAGACAACCAAAUUGGAAGAUGGAGGGACAUGCAUAGGGAUCAAAGUGAAGAAAGGAAUAGAAACAACCAAGAUAAUGAAGGAAGAAAUGGAAAUGCGGAAAACAAUGGAAAUAAUGGAAAUAAUGAUGACAAUUAUGGAAAUGGUAAUGGUGGAGGUAGAAACAACAAUAAUGGAAAUGGAGAUAAUCAUGGAAAUAACGACAAUAAUAAUGGUGGUGGAAACAAUGGGAACAAUGGUAAUUAUGGCAGAAAUGGUGGAUUCAGUAGAGGAAAUAUUAACAAUCGAGAAGAGUUUUCAGAAGAAGUGAACUUUAUGGGGGACAAAUUGAUGGCAUUGGCUGAGUUGGAUGAAUGUAGAAAAGAGGCUCAAGAAAGAAACAUUCAGAUGCAACAGAUGGUUAAGGCUUUACAUGAUAAAAGGGCUUGUGACAAAACUUUUGAGGAGGGAGAAUGGGGUACUGAUGGCAAAUUGCUGGAAUUUCCAGUCCAUGUUCAAUACCUCAAGCAUUUCUUCUCUUAA